UCAAGAACAGUCUUACUAAUGGAUUGGAGGUUGCUGAUGUUGAGGAACAGGUCAGCAGAGCAACUGAGCUAGGAAAGUUGGUGACGAGAUUGCAGCAAGAGAGGUCUGAAGUUGCGUUCUUCAUAUUUACCAAUGGAAGUACAUUAAGAUCGAACCUUACACAGCGUUUUGCGGCGACAGACAACGCGCUUCUACAGAUGGGCGACUUACCACCUCUAAUGUUCAAGAACAGACUGAAACCGAUAGAUGGCGCUGCAUUUUUACAGGAGUUGUCAGAACUGAGAGCCAGCAUAAACCCCAGCACCCCGAUGUCGGAAGUGGUGGAGUGGUACACCAGUGCCAAUGCAGUAUUUUUAGCACACCUUACAAAGGAGAUUAAGGAUACUGAUAGUAGCACAAUUUGGAGAUAUUUAGUGGGCUUCAAGAACCUCCUUCGAAGUAUAGAGUGUAAGGGUAUAGCAUCAGUUCUUGGGAUUAACUACUUCGCACGAGGCUAUCUUCAGGGCCGAGCUCAUGAGAGGUAUAUAGCUCACAUGGUGUUAGGCCGUGAUCUCUUGGACAAUACGCUAAAUUUGGUGCCAUCAUUGAUUCCUCUACACAAGGAUAUAAAGGAAGAUAGUCCAGAAUACAAAGUAUUAGAAAAAAAGAAUCAACAAAUAGUUGAUAAUAAACAUCAACCGGGCAGCGUACCGGAUGCGAUCGAGUAUUUCGACCAAACGGCAACUUUAUUGGGCAAGUUGAGAGCGGUUCAGAAGCAACUAAGAGAAUAUAUAAGAGAUGGCGUGAACGAAAACUUACGCGAGGCGAGGCAAAGUGAGGCUGUGUGCGCAGCCAUACUUGUAUUGGUGUGUGUGAUAUCUCCUAUCAUCAUAGUCCUUGUUCGGAAUGCUGUUAAUACAAUACAGGUAUAUGCUCGCAAUUUAUCAGAGAAGGCAACUGAACUAGAAUAUGAGAAGGAGUUGAGCGACUCUCUUCUCUAUCAGAUGCUGCCUGCUAGUGUCGCGAAACAGCUGAAGCAAACACAACAGGUCCCAGCUGAAUUCUUCGCUUCGGUAACAGUAUACUUCAAUGAUAUUGUUGGUUUUACAGCAAUUGCAGCUGUGUCGACGCCCUAUCAGGUGAUUAGCUUUUUGAACUCUGUAUACAAACUCUUCGAUGAAAGAAUUGAAUGUUACGACGUGUACAAGAUAGAAACAAUUGGUGAUUCGUACAUGGUCGCAUCUGGACUUCCCGUGAGAAAUGGCAACAGACACGCAACCGAAAUAGCUAGUAUGGCUUUAGAAUUACUUGAAGCUACAUCAAUGUGCAGACUUCCUCACCGCCCUGAUCAGAUGUUAUGUAUGAGAAGCGGGAUCCAUACGGGUCCAUGCGUCGCGGGUAUUGUAGGAACCAAGAUGCCAAGAUAUUGCCUGUUUGGAGACACCAUCAACACUGCCAGUCGUAUGGAAAGUACUGGCGAACCAAUGAAGAUACAGAUAUCGGAAGACGUGAAGCGUGCUUUGGACAGAACAGGUCUUUUUGUUACAAGCCCGAGAGGAAUGAUAGAAGUGAAGGGUAAAGGCGAAAUGAUGACACACUGGUUAGAAGGACGAACAGGGCCUUCACCUGCCCGUCCGACAGCAUCCCUGGAUUGCACGCCCAGCUUCCUCACCCGGAUCCACUCCCAUGGACGAGCCUCGCCACGCUACCAGCCUGACAUACGAUCUUAAAUAUUACUUUAAUUAUUGCGAUGUUUACAUAUUCGAUACUGCUUUCAAAUUAUUCAAUUAACACUUGGCUGGAAUCUAUAACUAAUUCUUAUGAUUAAAUACAAUUUCUGAAUACCAACAAUCAAUAUUGAAAUCGAAAUCGAUUUCGAACUGUCAAUAAAGCCUGCUCUAUUAGCUUCAUUACGCUAAUACAAUGAAAUAAUAUUUUUUGUCUAGGAGGUUGAGAUGUGACUUUUAACAUAGAAUAUGUUAUUUAUCUAAUAUUAUUAGAUUAACUAUUAUAUGUUUAGUAGUAGUAUAGUAACCAGACGCAUCGCAUAUUAAAAAAGAAUUAUACAGCUUUCGCCUUCGUAAUAAAACUGUUAUUUGAUUGUGCUUCAUGUUAAUGGUAAAGAGAUAAAAAAAUAAAGUAAACCUAUUUUAGUAAGGAUAUAAUCAUCCUGUUUUAAUUUGAACGUCCCAACAUAAAUUAAUAUCUUGAAUGUUAUAUAACCGUGUA